AUGUUGGAUUCUAUCAGGAUGGAGAGUAAUUUCCAUAGCUUGAGAAGUUUCUGGAAGGUCUCAGGCAAGUCGAAUCUGAAGCGUAUAACCCGUGAAAUUUACUUCAGAAACGAUCUCGGGUGCGGUGUUAACUCUUGCGAUGCUUGCCCUAAUUCUCUCACACAGAGAAAAUUAAACGCCGAGCUACCCAUAAUAAUACUGUCGUUUGAGAUAAUAAAUAAUAACUUUGUGGUUCUGGAGGAAUUUUUGAAAAACUGUGUGAUUCCAGUAACUGUGAUUAAUGAGAUAAGGCGCAGGUCCCUAACACAGUACAAUAGGCUGAAAAAAUUAGUUAAGAACUCUGAACGGACUUUUUACGUAUUUUCAAAUGAAAAUCUUAAGGAUACUUUCGUGGAGGAGUUGCCAGGAGAAAGUGUUAGCGAAAGGGAUCAAAGAGCCAUCUUACAGUGCGCCUACUGGUAUUCCAACCAUUUACCAAAUUUACAAAUUCUAUUCCUAACAAGUUUCUUUUUACUCAUUUUUACACUAUUAAGUAAACUAUUGAAUAUAUAUUACUAUGGAGAAGAUGUCGUGAUGGAUCGUCCCGAGAAUUUGAGCAUAAUUAACUUACAUCAACUGUACGACAUGUUUCCCAAUGAUUAUGAAGGUAUGUUGGAGAGGUUGUCUCCAAAACCAGUUCAAAAUAUUUCUGGGACUGAGAAAGGGGUUUACCCACCUCACCUAACUGAGGCUGAGGUAAGGAUUGGGUUGGAUUCUGGAUCUCUCUUUAGUGGCACCUUGCAUAUGUACAUAGGGUCCUAUCAACGCGGUUACGUUUCAUGCGGCAAUCAUGAAUUUAAAGUUAACUCAUUAAUUCACCUAAAUCGAGCCCUCGAUGGCGAUCAAGUCAUUGUUCAACUCAUUGACACUCCCAAUAACACAGUUGAUAAUACUACUGAUAAUGUACAUUACAGUGAUAAUGGUAUUGAUAAUAAUAGUGCUGGUUUGGAGGAACAAGUUGGGACUGAAAAUGAUGAUAGUAACUUGAUCUACGGUUAUUUGGAGCCAGAGCAAUAUAAAGUGAUAAAACGUUACUGUAAAAUCGUGUCAAUAGUGAACAGAAUGAGAAAGGAGUUUUGUGGAAGUUUACUGCCAAUUGAGGGUGAAGUCGGUGAUGGGUAUGUUCAGCGCCUCUUCGUACCAGUUGAUGCCAGAAUCCCCUUCAUUUCCAUCGAGACUCGGCGCUCAAAAGAACUUGAAAACAACAGAAUUGUGGUUGAAGUUGACUCCUGGGAUAGGUUCUCAAAACGCCCAAACGGACAUUGGACUGAGAUUCUGGGACCAAUUGAUGAUAGAAAUGUAGAAUCCACCGUAAUUCUCAGGGAACACCAAGUAAUAACGGAAGAUUUUUCACUUCAAAGCUACAGACAUUUGGGUCUAAUUACAAGCUCUUUAGUUGAUACUAGUAGUACAGAAAAAGAUGAGGAUAAGAGUGAUAUAAAAAUAACUCCUGAAUUGUUAGGGGGUAGAGUAGAUUACCGUGAUGAGGUGGUUUUUAGUGUGGAUCCGCCCGGUUGUAAGGAUAUUGAUGACGCCUUGGGCUGUAAGAGGCUUUCUAAUGGAAACUUUGAGGUCUCAGUUCACAUCGCAGACGUUACUUAUUUCGUACCCGAGGGUUCAAACCUGGACAAAGAAGCCUCUGAACGAUGUACCACAGUUUACCUCGUUGAUCGCAGAACUGAUAUGUUGCCCAAACUCCUAACCACAAAUCUAUGCUCAUUAAUGAGUGAUGUGAAUAGAUUAACGUUUUCUGUGUAUUGGGAGAUGGACAUGAAUGGAGUUAUUCUGGCCACAAAAUUCUCAAAGUCAGUCAUCAAAAGCAGACGAUCACUCACUUAUCAACAGGCACAAGAAAUGAUAGAUUCCUCCUCCAAUGAUGAAGUAAGCGUUUCAUUGAGGAAUUUGAACAAUUUGUCGAAAAUCUUGAGGAAACAAAGAAUCGAACGAGGCGCAGUGGAAUUAGAAUCAUCCGAAGUGAAAUUUGAGUUUGAUAUGAGUAAAGUAUUGAAUUUGGAGUCAUACAAAACGUACGAAACAAACCAAAUGGUGGAAGAGUUUAUGUUACUGGCAAACAUAUCAGUGGCCACUAAAAUCUUCGAAAGAUUCCCGAAAUGCUCAUUAUUAAGAGUACACCCGCCGCCAGUUGAAGAGAAACUUAAUGAACUUAAUCGCACCCUUCAACAGCAAAACAUAACUUCUUUCAAAUAUGGAAACUCUAAACAGCUGAACGAGUCCUUGGAAAUAGUUAAAAAUGAAAAGAACGACAAGUUUACAACAGCUACUAAAAUUUUAACCACGCGUACAAUGUCACAGGCUCUUUAUCGGAAUAGUAAUGACUUGGACGAGGACGAGUUUAAGCACUACGGCCUCUGUUGCGAGUAUUACACUCACUUCACUUCUCCAAUCCGAAGAUACGCAGACGUUAUUGUACACAGAUUACUCGCUUCAGCUCUUGAUUUGGCGCCUCUCAACGUAAAUUUCAUCCAAUCAUUGAGUGGACAAUGUGAUUUACUGAAUAAAAGACAUAGAAAUGCACAGUGGUGUUCAAGGGAGUCAGAUAAAAUGUUCUCAUAUCUCUACUUCAAACAAAUGGGCGAUGUGGAGUGUAACGGGAUAGUGUUGGACAUAAACGAGGACAGAGUAGUGGUGCUGACUCUGGAGUACGGAAUAGAAGCUGUGGCAAACGUGGAGUACAAGUCCUUUGACAAGGUUAACAAGGUACUCGUAGACUUAGCUGGCAACGUCUUGAAGGUCUUCGACCAAGUUAAAGUCAGGCUUUACACCUGCAAUAAACACUUCAGAAACUCCAUUAAAGCUAAUAUCAUCUAA